AACUGCCACCAGUUGUCUUGUGAGGAACUCCAGCACCCAUCGUUGUCACAUUAUCAGUUUUAAGAAUAAAUUUCAACCUAAAUCGCUAGUGAACUUUUAACUUGUACUGUCAACAUCAAUCAAGAUGUCUCGAAGGAUCUUCGGUUUUCGAUGGCUUUCAUUAGUUUUAUCACUUUUAUCAGUUAAUGGUGAGACAUUUCUGCCAAUCGAAAAAGCCAAACUGAAAGUUAUACGGAAUCCACCUGAUUUCGCACCCCGCAUCGUUGGUGGAAAUUAUGCCACACUUGGUCAAUUUCCGUUCCAAGUUGCUUUACAUUACGGAAAUGGCUUUUGUGGUGGAUCGCUUAUUCGCAGCAACUGGGUCCUAACUGCGGCUCAUUGUGUGUACGAUAGCAACCAUCGAGUUAUUUCCCCUGAUAAGAUGACUAUUCGUGCUGGAACCGUGUUCAAAGAUCAAGGAGGGUUCACACGAAAAGUUCAGCAAGUGAUUGUGAACGGAAAAUACAAAAGUAGAGACAAGUACAAGUAUGACUUUGAUCUCGCGCUACUGAAAUUGACGGAGUCGUUCCAGCUGGAUAAGUACAUCAAAACUAUCCCUCUAGUCAGAUCUCGCAAAGAUCUGAAGGCUACUGAUGUGGUGACCAUUUCGGGAUGGGGAAAGGUAUCAGAGACAGGAUCAACUUCCAAAAUCCUUAAAUACAAUCGUGCCAAGCCUCUAUCAUCCUUUACAUGCUUCUUCAAAACUAGAACAAUUAGAAUUUUGUGUCUUGAAUCACCGAUCAACAAUGGCGUUUGUGGCGGUGACUCUGGUGGACCAGCAGUAUUAGGUAACAGGCUAGUUGGUGUGGCCAAUUUCGGCUACGGCUGCGGAACCACAAAUCCGGACGGGUACGCAAAGGUUUCGGAUCAUAUCAAAUGGAUUGAUGCCACAAUCAAUCGGUACUGAAAAGAAGAAAACAGGGCAAAUAUAUAAAGAAAUGAUUUAAUAAAAGAACUUUGGCAUACAUGGGACAUUUAAUAAAAGAACAUUGACAUUUACAUAG